GGGUCCUGUCCUCCCUCCCUCUCUCCGUCCCUCCCUCCCUCCUUGGUGAAGAGCCCCGACGUAAAACGCGAGACGUAAUUAAUGACUCGGCCUGUGGGUCGCUUUUUGAGAGGCGGCUCAGUCUCGUGCGCCGUGAGUUGCCGUUGCCGCGCGUGUACGCCGGGCAGGAUGGAGCGCGAGCUUUCCGUCACCUGUCAGAACCACUUCGGAAGGAAUUGGGAUUUGCGCGUUUUUUGACACGAGCGUGCAACUAAUAAUACUCACAACAACAGAAGAGAAAAGAAGAGGGAGCCAAUAUUUACAGGCAACUUUUAGGUUGGAGAGGUAGCCCAGGUGCACACUGUAUGCACAGGAGCUAUUCGGCAUUAGAGCAGAAAUCAGGUGAAUAGUUUGAGCACAGAAAAAUCUCUUUCUCUAUAUAUAUAUAUAUUUUCUUUUUCUCCACUGCUCUUCUGAUUAUUUGAACCGUGCACACCGGAGACUUCACCCGUCCGCCCUGGGCACCGGGGACUGAAGAGACGAACAGAAAGUUUGCACAGAGAAAGAGGAAGAGGAAGAAGAGGACCGCGCGUGCCUCACGGACUGCUUUAAUUCCUCUGCGCUGAGUGUGUGUGAGAUGCCGGGCGAUGUCCCGCCGCAAGCAGGGCAACCCGCAGCACCUGUCCGUGAGCCAGAGGGAGAGCGUGCAGCCAGCCGAGGCCAACCAUGAAAUGGGCGUCGAGCCGCGUUCACCAGGGGUGUGUCCUCCCAGUCCGAUGGGCAACGCUGGAGAAAGAGACCUGCUGACCUGCGGCCAGUGUCAGACCAACUUCCCUCUGGGAGACAUCUUGGCCUUCAUCGAGCACAAGCGGAGGCUGUGCCGCAGGGCCGGAGCCUGCUACGAGAAACCGGGCGAAGGCGGCGCCACGUCAUCAUCGCCCGGUGCUCUGCGGGCAGAACUCGCCAGGAGACCCCGCCCCGUGGAGAUCGGCAUCCAGGUCACACCGGGCGAGGAAGAGGAGGAAGAGAAGCGUCUAACGCCCGCCAGAGGAAUCUGCCCCAAGCAAGAGAGUGUACCGACAGGGAAAGAUGAGCCCUCUAGCUACAUCUGCACCACAUGCAAGCAGACCUUCACCAGCGCCUGGUUCCUGUUGCAGCAUGCUCAGAACACGCAUGGCAUCCGUAUCUACCUGGACAACCACCCUUCCAGCUGCUCUCUUACACCUCGAAUGGCGUUGCCCCCUCCCCUGGGAGCAGAUGCCCUGCCUCGCUCACCGCUUGCUAGUUUUCUGGGAGACAACAGCAAUCCGUUCCACUUGCUCCGCAUGGCAGCACCUCUUCUACGCGAGCCGCAGCCUGCUGGAUACAUGGAGACCCGCUUGCCAUCUACACCACCAUUUGUAAGCCCACCUCCACCACCGCGUCAUCCCCUUGAGCGUCUGGGCCCAGAGGAGAUGGGCAUUCUCACCCAGCAUCCCAGUGCCUUCGAGCGGGUGAUGCGCCUAGCCCCAAUGCCCAUGGAACCACCAUCCAUGGAUUUCUCCCGCCGCCUCCGUGAGUUGGCCAGCAACAACAACAACAAUGGUGGGCCCACACCUCCUCUCUCACCCAACCGUGUGCCCCCUGUGCACAGGCUUCUCAGCCCCACGCUCUUUCAGCCUGGUGCCAAGCCAGCACCAUUCCUGGGAACGCCAACACAGCCACUUCCAGCUGCUCCCAGGUCCAGCUCUUCACCAACCCUGGGUAAGCUCAAGUCCUGUGAGUUCUGUGGAAAGACCUUUAAGUUUCAAAGCAAUCUGAUAGUACACCGGCGCAGUCACACUGGUGAGAGGCCUUAUAAGUGCCACUUGUGUGAUCAUGCCUGCUCUCAGGCCAGCAAGCUGAAACGGCACAUGAAGACCCAUUUACAGAAGUCAGGUUCAUUGAGUAGCUCGCCAGAUCGGGGCAGGCGUGACUCUACAGGAGAGGAGCAAAAGAGCAGGGAUGGUAGGGAAAUACUAGACAAUGAUGAGGAAGAGGAAGAAGAUGAGGAGGAGGACGAGGAGGAGGAAGAGGAGAUAGAAGAGCAACAGAAUGGCAGUAGCAGGCCUGCGUCUAAUCUCAGUAUGGACUCUGAAUUCAGCAGAAGCCGGGAGAACGAGCCCCAGUCUUUGAUGACCGAGAAACCACUCUCCAUUGACCGAGGGAAGGAAAGCCAAUAUAAUGACAUCGACAAUCACCUGAGACUGCCUUUAGGCAACAGGCCUAGGGUAGAGGCAGACAUAGAUUCAUCAGCCAGAGAAUCAGAUGCACAGGGUCGACCCAUGGUCAACGGCAGGGGCUGUGGACCUGAGGACUCCAUGACGGGUUUGUUUCAGCAGAAGCCUGCACCUCUCUCUAGCCCCAACCUCUCUGGCUCCUCAGCCAAGAGGAUCAAAAUAGAGAAGGACAUGGAGCUUCCAUCCCUGCCACUCAUUUCUUCUGAAAAUGUGUACUCUCAGCUAUUGGCUGGCUACGCUGCUUCCCGCCACUACAUCAGGGAGCCCUUUCUGGGCUUUGGCGACUCCCGGCAGUCGCCUUUCGCCACGUCCUCUGAGCAUUCAUCAUCAGAGACAGGCAGUCUUCGCUUCUCUACGCCCCCUGGGGAGCUGCUGGAAGGUGGAGUGUUGUCAGGACGGAGCGGCAGCAGCACACCACACCUCCAACUCCGAGGUCCAGGCCCUGGCAGGCCUCCUGGCUCUAAGGAGAGUCGGAGGAGUGACACAUGCGAGUACUGUGGCAAGGUGUUCAAGAACUGCAGUAACCUGACAGUGCAUCGGCGCAGCCACACGGGCGAGAGGCCGUACAAGUGCGACCUGUGCAGCUAUGCUUGCGCACAGAGCAGCAAGCUCACGCGCCACAUGAAGACCCAUGGCCAGUUUGGCAAGGAGGUGUAUCGCUGUGACAUCUGCCACAUGCCCUUCAGCGUCUACAGCACCCUGGAAAAACACAUGAAGAAGUGGCAUGGUGAACACUUGAUGAGCAACGAUGUCAAACUUGAGCAGGCGGAUCGGGCCUAAGCUAUGUGUUCUAAAGCACAUGCUUCUGACAGUCUGAUGAGUUUAGCUGGAUAAUCUUUUGAAUAAAUCUAAUUAUAGAGUUUUUGGAAUGAUUUGGUGUGUUUUUUUUUUGUUUGUUUUUUGUUUUGUGUUUUUUUUUUUUUUCCUAGUGCCACCUGAGAAAUACGAACGUUAGUAAAUGUUUGUGGAUGGAUUUGAAAAAGCCCUGCUGGCAUUCCCAGCAACCACCAGGAAUUUGUCCAUUAUGAAUCCAUGGAGCCUUUCUACUGUGCAAUAAUUUCUGUAUUUAUUGGAUCAUUUCUUGAUGAUACAUGGCAUGUGCAGGUAUAUUAUGGCAUGGGGUUUUAAUGCAUUCCUUUGUUACAAUAUUAUUUUCAGACACCAUUAUAAGAUAUGACACAUACUGAGAUUUCGGCGUUCCGCCACUGUUUCAUUCGAGGGAUUUCCUGAAAGGAAAGAAGUAACUGUCCUGCUAAAUUCUGAAGAAGUUGUACUUCUAAAAAAAAAAAAAAAAAAAGAGAGAGAGAGAGAUUUUCUUGUGUACUACUGCUGGUUGCAGUCACACCAGGCAUGGGUGAUAUAUUAAAACAUAAAGCACUGAAUGUCAACUUGACAAUAAAUAUGAAACAAAUUCGAGAGAUAUGGAAUACCAGGGACGUCUCAGGCAGCUGGAUGACAGUUUGACUGUAUUUUAAUGAUGCCCAUUUGACCAGCGUCCAGCUGAAAAUAUGUUCUAGAUACGACUUUUAUGAUUUCAGCUGUCAAGCUUAAUUAAAAGAAAUUCUUCCCUACAACAAUACACUCGUUUAGACGUUGUCGAAUUUAUUGUAUUCUUCAUGAAGCUGGUAAUGCGACAUAGCCUGUAUUUUUGUGAUCCAAAUGUUUUCAUUACCACAAAUAGUGAAUCAAAAUAUACCGCAAAGUGUAUAGUUUAAUAACGUACAUGCUGAUAGGUCUACCUUACCAAUUUGCUUAUUUUAUAGUAUGCGGAAUGAAAAGAAAUGUUUCGCUGAUGACAACUGUAAUAUGUUAUUACCAUACUGGGGUCCAAAGUGUUAAAGACGAUUUUAACGAAACCUCAGCCAGGACCAUUCAUUUACCAAGUCUCGCAGUAUUACAGAUGUAUUAUUUACAAAAUUGUUUUUUUUUUUUUUAAAUUUGGUUUGUUGUGCUAACACGCAAGUGUCCUGACCGGCUGCUUAAUCUCCAGAGCAUUGUGGAACGAACCAACGACGUCGGAGGCCUCCUCGCCUUCAAUUUUUUUCGCACUUCACCAUGUCAUGGCUUUAACAAAUGACCACUCUUCCCUCAAAUCUUAGAAAUCUCAGGCUGCUGCUUUUCUUAAGACUACAGGCAAUUUAUUUUCAGUACUAUUUUCAUUCCAAAUUAAGCUUAUAAUCAGCACUUAAUAAAGACAUGGAAAGACACCAUAAGAACAACAUUCCUUACGUGACCUUCAAGCCUAGCUUACCACGUGGAUCUCUGUAUUCGUCUUUCGCGUAGCAUAACUUAAAAACUUAGGUAACUUCAAUGGCAUUUUAAAUCUAUGAAAACAUUAUUUAAGAUAUUUGGACCCAGAUACACACGUUUGUGUUUCACUCGCGUUCAAUCCGGCACGCACAUAAACGAUUAUGCCGUGUAAAAAUCUCAAGAUAUCACAAAGAAGAGGUGAAAUAUUUUUGCCUUUGAUGUGCGUACGUGUACUACCUUGCAGAAUCUAAUUUGAACGCACAAGUUUAUCCGAGACCACCAAGCCAUCGAGUUCUUCACUGAUACACACGGCUGGAUCUUCACCAGCUCGGAUGGAAAAAAAUGAAAGAAAAACAAAAUGACACUCUGUCUUUAAAAUAAUGUUUACAGUGUUGAGUACAAGAAUAACGAAUUCCUGUGUAAAUGUGUUUAAAAAGAGAAUAAUCUCAUGUUCUUUCUACCAUUUUCUUUUUUCAUUGAAUGCCAUAGCAGGGUUGUUUGUUUGUUUGUUUGUUUGUUUAUUUGUUUAAUAUUUAAUUUUGGUUUCGGUGCAGGGUUCCCCCCCCCCCCCAUAAAUUUCAAUGGAUAUAUUCGUAUAUGUUUCGUUCACUGUUAAAAUACACAGUGUAUUUGUAUACCAGUGGCAUUUUAUGAAAUGAUGCAAAAAAAAAAAAAUCUUUAUAUUUUGCAGUCCAUUAUAAAAUUGUGAGUCUAUCUAAAUGUUUUUUUUU